CAAGAGCAAGGUUCACUCAUUUGUAGCAGAAAACAAAUUAAAUUUGUUUUCUAAAAAUCAAAAAUGUAUUGGUCUUUAAAUCCUUGUUCUCAGGUCUGCGGACAAUAGCCCGCUGGAUGAUGCCCCCCAACAAGGGCAUCAACGCAGCCUCAUACUACCAAGGUCUGAUCGAUGCUCGUGUUCCAGCGAAGGAAAACUCCGUCCGAAAGAUCUCCGACAACAGCCACUUCUAUUCGGCAAGGGUGCGCUACGCUCUCGAGAUGGCAUCCAUGUUCAGCUCCCAGGCUAUUGUCUACUCAGCAGACAACAAGAACAAAAUCAAGGUCGGGGAGCAGACACUGGCUGUCGACCGUCGGCUCAAGAUAUCAAAAUUCUUCCCCACUCAAGAUGCACCAAAUUACAGCGACCACGACUUCCCGACACCAGGUCACCUCAUCGUGCCAUCCGGAUACCUGCGUAUGCAGCCCUCCACCCUAACGACGAAAGACGACCUUGGCAGAGACCACUUCAUGCUGCCAGAAAAGAACCAAGCAACAGUUAUCCUCAGAAGUCCCAACUCUCCAUGCUCAGUGGCCUCGCACAUGAACGACAUCGUUGGGGAACUUGGACUGGCGGAGGACGUAUCGAGUGGACGGUCGUUGAUGGUACUUCUCGUUGAUGGUGGAGCCGAUUUCAAUGUCAACCACACCGUCAACGAGAUCUAUUAUGCCCGCCUGUUUAGAGACAGUAACCUGGAUGCUCUGGUGGUGACUUCCUACUGUCCAGGGGAUUCGGCGCUCAAUCCCAUUGAGCGAGUCUGGGCUCCCUGCACGAGAGCGUUGACAUCAGUCAGUCUGUCUGCCAAUUCUGAUGGAGACCUACCACUGGCACAGGAAGACCUAACACCAGAGGAGAAGAAACAUCGAAUCUUCAACAAUGCCAUGACCGCGAUCAAGGACACGUACUGGUCAGGAGUGACAUUUGCGGGAAAACCCAUCAAAACGGUCAUGCUGGCGAGUGGAUCGCUGGAGCAACCCUACAGCUACGAAGAAUACAGGCAAACCCACGUGGCUGUUUCAGGGUCAGCGAAGAGACUUAAAGAAGACGAGAAGAGCCAUCAAGAUUAUUUGUUUGCGAUGCAACAUAUAGAUAGGCGCAUUGGAAUGUGCACUUUCACCAAGUGCAACGAGUCUACUUGCAGACAUUGCAAGUCACACCCCCCAGUUGCCAAGGAAAUGCUUGCAUGCGUGCGAAGUUUUCCCUCACCCAAGCCGUCUACAAACAACCCGGGACAUUUCAUGACGUUCACGGAAGCUCUCCACUCCCGCAGUAUUCCUCCAUGUGAGAACCUACCCCUCUUUCGUCAGAAGGGAUUGGGAAGGUGCCAAGUUUCUUCUUGCAAGUACGUCUUCACGAGCAAGAAGGACAAGGACGAUCAUCGCAUAAGGAACCAUCCCAGACAUCACAGUUCUUAA